CGAGCAACACAGAUGGCGCUCUUCAAAAUUGCUUUGGGUAUUUAAAAAUGUCAGCAAACAGAGUGAUUCAGGCUAUUCGGCCUCACAUUCCACUCAUCAAGUUUCGGGCAGGUGGUGGUGGUCUUAGGAAAGUAAUUCCACCUGCCGCUGUGACGUCAACUCCUCAUCCCAGCUCCAGCUUCAGCCUAAGACCGCCCAGUAAUAGGAGAAGUGAUGCGCCAGAAUUCUUCCAGCUAGAUCCCAAGUACCACAGGAAUGCCAUCACACAAGAGGAGAUUGACUUCAUCAAUAGAGGUGGACCUGACUGAAAAGAAAAUGCCACCAUAUGCCAGUCAAACCGCCCCUCCCCGGAUUUAUCAUCUUCAUGUGUAAUAUCAGAGUUAUAUCUUCUAUUUUAAUGAAAUUAAUUGUUACAUCCAUAGGCAUAUUUUUAUCUGCAUUAUGCAACAGUGAAUAAGGUCACAUGAUGUAUUUUACUUUUGAUACAUGUACCUCUGCAACGUGAUGGUAAUCCAUUUAUAUUCUGUGUGAUGGUACUAGAAGAAAUAUUAUUUUUUUCAAGAGUAUGGAAUGCUGAUCGAGGGCUCAAUAAAUGAAGAUUAUAAGUAUUAUUUGUAGGAGGAUAUAUGUGUUUGGCAGGGGGGGGAGGUCGUCAUAAUGCACCUGUUGGUUAGUGAAUUUUCUAUUUCCUACAGGCUUUGUAUAGGGAUCACUUGGUUCCGGUAGACAAUGGGUUAACUUGUUGAUUACUGAAUUUUCUAAUUCCUACAGGCUUUGUACAGGGAUCACUUGGUUCCGGUAGGCAAUGAGUUAACCUGUUGAUUACUGACUUGUCUAAUUGCUACAGGCUUUGUACAGGGAUCACCUGGUUCUGGUAGGCAAUGGGUUAACUUGUUGAUUACUGACUUGUCUAAUUGCUAUAGGCUUUGUAAAGGGAUCACCUGGUUCCGGUAGGCAAUGGGUUAACCUGUUGAUUACUGACUUGUCUAAUUGCUAUAGGCUUUGUACAGGGAUCAUCUGGUUCUGGUAGGCAAUGAGUUAACAUUUUGACUACUGAAUUCUGUUAGACUUUAAACGACGUGUUAACCAACUUUGUUGUACUAAUUGAUUUCAAAAGAUAUCAAAGAAUAUCGGAUGUUUUCUUAUAACUGAUGACACUAAGAUUUUUAUGAUAAGGAUCUUAUGUGAUGUAUCUACCAAAUGUUGUGUAUUUCAGGAUUGCGUGAUACAUGUGUUUGUGUUAAUUUCUUCAUCUUUCGUCUUCAAAGAAUUCAUCAUUAUCUCUUUGUAAACGUUCAUAUUUCAAUGAAAGUUGCCAUUUUCGAAGCACUGUAAUAAUGGCUAAUCGUGAAACAAGAUAUAUCUAUCAUUUGCUAUUUAUUUGUACUUAAGGACUAGGAAGUGCACAACCAUGCUAUUGGACAUUCGAGGCGAGUAGAAUUGUUUGCUACGGUUAGCAACUCCAAGCCGACCGACUGUUAGCCAUUGGGUAUAAUGUAACAGAUUUGGUCGGUCUGGAGUCCAUUUGGCCAAUGUGACUGUGGCAUAAAUGUUAUGUAAGCAGUGUAGUAUAUCAUCUUUCAACUUGUAUUUUUUUUCUUUGAUACACAAAUAUCUUAGGCUUUAGCAGUUGAAAAAACUGAGGAUGGAAUAUUCAAAAUGAUUUAAUGAUGGCAAAUAUUAUUUUACCAUAGCUAUGUCUUAUGUCCGAUUUCGACCCAAAGGGUGUACUGGUGGUAUGUUUUCAUCACUAUUAUGCAUGUAUAUAGCAUUUGAUAUAUUAAGUUGUAUCUUUGGACAAUAGACUUAUUAGAGUAACGCCACCAAAUGAAGCAUGUAAAACACCGAGUGUGAUACAUGUUUUCUAUGUAUGCUCUGUUGUACAUAAUCUUUCCUAGCUAGGUCCCAACCUAAAGAAGCUGAUAAAUGAAUGGUAGAAGAUAUUAAUAAGAUUUUCAUUGUUUGCAAUCAAAUAAACAGUUCUAGAUUGCGUAUUUUAUGUUUUUUAUACAUUGCAAAUGGUUUGAUGUGGUCAUGAUAUAUGACUUGUUUUUCGUUUACCCAUAGUUAUGGGAUGAACGCUCCUCCAAACGAGUUUUAUACAGUGUUCUAUAUGAUUAUAUGAUUGUAUGUGAAUUUGAGCAAGUUAGUUUCAAACAUUACUCUGUGUACAGUUUUCCUGCUUAGUAUUAAAGCUUAAAUUGUAUGCUGAGCCUGAACUUAAAUUAAAUGUUCCAUGAAAACCUUAAAA